AUGGCGGGUAGUCCACAAGUCGGUGAAUUUCAUGUCAAUAUAUCUAACUCCAGCUUUAAAAAUCUGUUAAUUGGUAAUGGAAAUACUGUCAAUUACUGCCGAUGCCUUGAGUAUCCAGAGCGGUCAAGAGCUCGUCGAUCGGCACGAAAAAAAACCGCGAUCCAAGAUGGCGGCCAUGGAAUGAAGCAUCAAAGUAUAAUACAAUUUCCCAAAAGAAAGUUGAGGGCGAAUCCUAAAAGGAUAUCCAGUGAGAGUGAAGAUGACACCAUGCGUUUAGAAUCGCCAGAGAUUUUUCCAGUGGUUCCGCGAGAUGGCGAACAGAGGACGGCAAAAUCACUCGGCAAGUUUUUCCCUGUUUUGAACAAAUUGCAUCCAUUACGGGAUGCAGGAAACUGGAGUGGAUUUGAUCAAAGUAUUGAUAUUCUUCACCGCGAAAAUCAAGUCGAUCGAGAGAUACAGAUUUUAUUAUCAAUUGAAAACGCUGUGAUUAAGAGCUAUCAGAACGAUUUAGAGCAAUCAGAAAUGAUUAUUCUCGGUGCCCUAGAUAACCUGUACAAAACGAAAGUGAUUUCGCCAACUAAUUAUCACUUCCUUGUAAGUAUGGCUCACAUCCAUCUUACUGGAAUUUAUCGUCGCCUUUGUAAACAUGGCGAGGCACAGAAGUGCAUUGCUAUAGCGGAGCAAUAUUCCCAACAAGUAAAUUCACGAUUUUUAAAGGCACUCAUAUUCUACGAAAUGGCUAGCAACCUGACCAAGUAUAUUUCAACCAUUCCAAACGAUGCAUUAGCACGUGAGCAGCUUGUGUCAGACGCUACAAAUUACUUGAAGCUCUGUAUCAGUCUGUGCAUUGAACUGGAUGACGACCAGGUGUACAUUAAAAAACAUCAUUUUGCUCUACUUAAGCUUGCCCUAAUGGCCCUCAACUGCCGCACAAGACCAACUCGCUCUCAAAUCAUUAGCACUAAGUGUGUUGACGAGGCACGGAACUGUCUUAAAACUGUCGACGAAAAAUACAUGGAUGAAAUGAGCAAAGCACAAAAAAUCCAGUUCCUGGUGGCAAAAUCAGAUCUCCAUUUCCGACAGAACAACUUGCAGGAAGCAGAAAUAUAUGGCCGUGAUGCUCUGAAUCUUGCAAAAACAAAUGGCUUCAGUUUGGAGAUACCUGGGAUCACAGAAAGACUUGAUGACAUUUCCAAUCUGCGAUCAAGACUGACUCCUGAGAUUUCUGUGUCACAUGAGGAACAUCUUGAGUCUAUGUCAUCAAGUACCUCUCCUUCCAGAAAGAAUUCUCCCAAUUCUUCAGACUGUGAGAUGGACACUGUGUAA